AAAGUGGAAGAUCAAGCUCCUGCUCUCCUCAUGGUGUCAUCAUGGACUUCAUGACCGUUAUAGUUGCUGUAGUUGAGAUUUUGAUAAGUAUCACUGCCGGUAUGAAAAGUGACAAUAAUAAUAAUAACAAUAACAACAAUAACAACAACAAUAACAACAACAACAACAACUUGAACUUUAACGAUGAUAACAUCAACGUGAUGUCGAUGGGAAUGGCAAAUAUGGGAGGAGGAAGACAUUUGAAAACAGAAUAUCUGGACAAACGGAGAAGAGAAGAUGACUUCAAGUUAGAGGAUAAAGACCCUCUGGAUAAUUUCAUGGGGAUGAUGAGAACCCUGUACUCAUACAAGUUUAUUCAACACUUUAUUGUUCCAAUUGUCAAGCAUAAAGAUAGUGAAGAAAAAUACAAAUAAAUUACAAAUACCUCCGGAAAAUAUACUAUUUGAAUAAAUACUAUUACUAAAAGUUUUAUGCACUCGUUUUGUACAAUUUGUGACCAGUUUAUCAUAUUGUCAUAAGCUAUGUAUUCGACUUUUAGUAGAUCUAAGUAAACAUGAUUUAAGAACUGUUUUAUGUAAAAAUCUUGAAUCUUUUGCACAAGAUUGUAAUGUACAAUCUAGAAAUCUAAACAAGUUUUGUGUGAAACAAAAUAUG